AAUGGCUUCCCCAAAAUUUACAAUCUCUUGUUUCUUUUUUCUCUCAUCCAUUGUUAUUCUUGUACAAACAUCUAUUUCCGUGGAUCCACUCUUUAAUUUUUGCUCAAAAUCUGGAAACUUCACAGCCAAAAGUUACUAUGCCAAAAACUUGAAAAACCUCUUAGGUGAUCUUUAUUUUAAAACCCCCUUAACAGGCUUUUCCACUAGCUUAAUUGGGAAAAUCCCAUAUCAAACAUAUGGACUUUCUUUAUGUCGUGGUGACAUAUCAAGCAAAACAUGCAAGUCACGCAUAGCAAAUACAAGUGAACAGCUAGGAAAAUAUUGUCCUUAUGACAAAGAAGCCAUCAUAUGGUAUGAUAAUUGUCUCUUGAAAUAUUCAGACAAACAUUUUCUAGGAAAAAUCGAUAAUACGUACAAGUAUUCCAUGCCGAAUAAUUUGAGCAAAAUGCCAGAAUUAUUUAAUGCAAAGGCCAAGGUGUUGUUGGGUAGUUUGGUUGAAAAAACAUAUUACGGCAAUUUGUAUGCAACUGGAGAGGUGAAGAUUGGAGAAAAUAAGAAAUUGUAUGGAUUGGUUCAGCGCACAAGGGAUGUUUCUGGAGGGGAUUGUAAGAAGUGUCUUGAGGGUAUUAUUAGUACUGAAUGUUCUAGUUGUUGUGAUGGGAAAGAAGGUGGAAGAGUUUUUAGUGGGAGCUGUAAUUUUAGAUAUGAAAUUUACCCUUUUAUUAGUUAUCCUAGAAGAUAUAAAAUUCUUAUGUAGAGCUUGAACUAAAAAUCCAAUAUUACCAUAUUGGUUAGAGUAUAUAGCUUGCACUUCAA